CGGCAAAAACUCCCUCAUUUGGUUUUGUUUUGUUUUGUUUUUUUACUCUUUCCGUGUGAUUGCCCAAACCGAAUAUUUUUUUCAGUGAGACAUUUAUUUAGAGGUUAGAUACAUCAUCUUAUCUACAACGUCAAGACUAUUUUCUAGUUUUGAAGCUUGCCAACACUUGGUGUCACAUGUGAGCCUCCCACAUGUGUUCACUCUCCAUUCCAGCUCUGUGAUUGAACUCUGCUCUUAUUGACUAGGGGGCACUUGGGCAGGCAUGCUUCAUUCCUGGAAUUGACAGUCAUUUCAUAAGAAGUUGGAUUCCAUGGGUUCCAAGAGAAGAAGAGCUACCUCUCCUUCCAGCAGUGUUAGCGGAGACUUUGAUGAUGGGCACCAUUCUGUGCCCACACCAGGUCCAAGCAGGAAAAGGCGAAGACUGUCCAAUCUUCCAACCGUAGAUCCUAUUGCUGUGUGCCAUGAACUCUAUAACACCAUCCGAGACUAUAAGGAUGAGCAGGGCAGACUUCUCUGUGAACUGUUCAUCAGGGCACCAAAGCGGAGAAAUCAACCAGACUAUUAUGAAGUGGUUUCUCAGCCCAUUGACUUGAUGAAAAUCCAACAGAAACUUAAAAUGGAAGAGUAUGAUGACGUUAAUGUGCUGACUGCAGACUUCCAGUUGCUUUUUAACAAUGCAAAGGCCUAUUAUAAGCCAGAGUCCCCUGAAUAUAAAGCUGCUUGUAAACUCUGGGAUUUGUACCUUCGAACAAGAAAUGAAUUUGUUCAAAAAGGAGAAGCAGAUGAUGAAGAUGAUGAUGAAGAUGGACAAGACAAUCAAGGAACUGAAGGCCCUUCUCCAGGUUACCUAAAGGAGGUCCUAGAACAGCUUCUUGAAGCCAUAGUUGUAGCCACAAAUCCAUCAGGACGGCUCAUCAGUGAACUUUUUCAGAAACUGCCUUCCAAAGUGCAAUAUCCAGACUAUUAUGCAAUAAUUAAGGAGCCUAUAGAUCUCAAGACCAUUGCUCAGAGGAUACAGAAUGGAAGUUACAAAACUAUUCAUGCAAUGGCCAAAGAUAUAGAUCUUCUAGCAAAAAAUGCCAAGACAUAUAAUGAGCCUGGUUCUCAAGUAUUCAAGGAUGCCAAUUCGAUUAAAAAAAUAUUUUAUAUGAAAAAGGCAGAAAUUGAACAUCAUGAAAUGGCUAAAUCAAGUCUUCGAAUAAGGACUGCAUCAAAUUUGGCUGCAGCCAGACUGACAGGUCCUUCGCACAGUAAAAGCAGCCUUGGUGAAGAAAGAAACCCCACUAGCAAGUAUUACCGUAAUAAAAGAGCAGUCCAAGGAGGUCGCCUAUCAGCAAUUACCAUGGCGCUUCAGUAUGGCUCGGAAAGUGAAGAGGAUGCUGCUUUAGCUGCUGCACGUUAUGAAGAAGGAGAGUCUGAAGCCGAGAGUAUUACUUCCUUCAUGGAUGUUUCAAAUCCUUUUCAUCAGCUUUAUGACACAGUCAGGAGCUGUCGCAAUAACCAAGGGCAGCUAAUAGCUGAACCUUUUUUCCAUUUGCCUUCAAAGAAAAAAUACCCGGAUUAUUAUCAGCAGAUUAAAAUGCCCAUAUCACUUCAACAAAUCAGAACAAAGCUAAAAAACCAGGAAUAUGAAACUUUAGAUCAUUUGGAGUGUGAUCUGAAUUUAAUGUUUGAAAAUGCCAAACGCUAUAAUGUUCCCAAUUCAACUAUCUAUAAGAGAGUCCUGAAAUUGCAGCAAGUCAUGCAGGCAAAGAAGAAAGAGCUUGCCAGAAGAGAUGACAUUGAGGACGGAGACAGCAUGAUCUCUUCAGCCACUUCUGAUACUGGUAGUGCCAAAAGAAAAAGGAAUACUCAUGACAGUGAGAUGUUGGGUCUCAGGAGGCUAUCCAGUAAAAAGAACAUAAGAAAACAGCGAAUGAAAAUUUUAUUCAAUGUUGUUCUUGAAGCUCGAGAGCCAGGUUCAGGCAGAAGACUUUGUGAUCUAUUUAUGGUUAAGCCGUCCAAGAAGGACUAUCCUGAUUACUAUAAAAUCAUCUUAGAGCCAAUGGACCUGAAAAUAAUUGAGCAUAACAUCCGAAAUGACAAAUAUGCAGGUGAAGAAGGAAUGAUGGAAGACAUGAAACUCAUGUUCCGAAAUGCCAGGCACUAUAAUGAGGAGGGCUCCCAGGUAUACAAUGAUGCUCAUAUCCUGGAGAAGUUACUCAAAGAUAAAAGGAGAGAGCUGGGACCACUACCUGAUGAUGAUGACGUGGCUUCUCCCAAACUUAAGCUGAGUAGAAAAAGUGGUGUUUCUCCUAAGAAAUCAAAGUACAUGACUCCAAUGCAGCAGAAACUAAAUGAAGUAUAUGAAGCUGUAAAGAACUACACAGAUAAGAGAGGUCGCCGCCUCAGUGCUAUAUUUCUAAGACUCCCCUCUAGAUCAGAGCUACCUGACUACUAUCUGACCAUUAAAAAGCCCAUGGACAUGGAAAAAAUUCGAAGUCACAUGAUGGCAAACAAGUACCAAGAUAUAGAUUCUAUGGUAGAGGACUUUGUCAUGAUGUUUAAUAAUGCCUGUACCUACAAUGAGCCAGAGUCUUUGAUCUACAAAGAUGCUCUCGUCCUACAUAAAGUUCUCCUUGAAACUCGGAGAGACCUGGAGGGAGAUGAGGAUUCUCAUGUCCCAAAUGUGACCUUGCUGAUUCAAGAGCUUAUCCAUAAUCUUUUUGUGUCAGUCAUGAGUCAUCAGGAUGAUGAAGGAAGAUGUUACAGUGACUCCUUAGCAGAAAUUCCUGCUGUGGAUCCAAACUUUCCCAACAAACCUCCCCUUACCUUUGACAUUAUUAGGAAGAAUGUUGAGAGUAAUCGCUAUCGGCGACUUGAUUUAUUUCAGGAGCAUAUGUUUGAAGUAUUGGAAAGGGCAAGAAGGAUGAACCGGACAGAUUCUGAGAUUUAUGAGGAUGCAGUAGAACUUCAGCAGUUUUUUAUUAGAAUUCGUGAUGAACUCUGCAAAAAUGGAGAGAUCCUUCUUUCUCCGGCACUCAGCUAUACCACAAAACAUUUGCAUAAUGAUGUGGAAAAAGAAAAAAAAGAAAAAUUACCUAAAGAAAUAGAGGAAGAUAAACUAAAACGAGAAGAAGAAAAAAGAGAAGCUGAAAAAAGUGAAGACUCCUCAGGUACUGCAGGCCUCUCAGGCUUACAUCGUACAUACAGCCAGGACUGUAGCUUUAAGAAUAGCAUGUAUCAUGUUGGAGAUUAUGUCUAUGUUGAACCUGCAGAGGCCAAUCUACAGCCACAUAUAGUCUGUAUUGAGAGACUGUGGGAGGAUUCAGCUGGUGAAAAAUGGCUGUACGGCUGUUGGUUUUAUCGACCAAAUGAAACAUUCCAUUUGGCUACACGAAAAUUUCUGGAAAAAGAAGUUUUUAAGAGUGACUAUUACAAUAAAGUUCCUGUUAGUAAAAUUCUAGGCAAAUGUGUAGUCAUGUUUGUCAAGGAAUACUUUAAAUUAUGCCCAGAAAACUUUCGAGAUGAGGAUGUUUUUGUCUGUGAAUCAAGAUAUUCUGCCAAAACCAAAUCUUUUAAGAAAAUUAAGCUGUGGACAAUGCCCAUCAGCUCAGUUAGGUUUGUCCCUCGGGAUGUGCCCUUGCCUGUGGUUCGAGUGGCUUCCGUAUUUGCAAAUGCAGAUAAAGCUGAUGAUGAGAAGAAUACAGACAACUCAGAGGACAGUCGAGCAGAAGACAAUUUUAACUUGGAAAAGGAAAAAGAAGAUGUUCCUGUGGAGAUGUCCAACGGUGAACCAGGUUGCCACUACUUUGAGCAGCUUCAUUACAAUGACAUGUGGCUGAAGGUUGGCGACUGUGUCUUCAUCAAAUCCCAUGGCUUGGUGCGCCCUCGUGUGGGCAGAAUUGAAAAAGUAUGGGUUCGAGAUGGAGCUGCAUACUUUUAUGGCCCCAUCUUCAUUCACCCAGAAGAAACAGAACAUGAGCCCACAAAAAUGUUCUACAAAAAAGAAGUGUUUCUGAGUAAUCUGGAAGAAACCUGCCCCAUGAGUUGUAUUCUGGGAAAAUGUGCUGUGUUGUCAUUCAAGGACUUCCUCUCCUGCAGGCCAACUGAAAUACCAGAAAAUGACAUUCUGCUUUGUGAGAGCCGCUAUAAUGAGAGUGACAAGCAGAUGAAGAAAUUCAAGGGGUUGAAGAGGUUUUCACUCUCUGCUAAAGUUGUAGAUGAUGAAAUUUACUACUUCAGAAAACCAAUCAUUCCUCAGAAAGAACCCUCACCUUUGUUGGAAAAGAAGAUACAAUUGCUAGAAGCUAAGUUUGCUGAGUUAGAAGGUGGAGAUGAUGAUAUUGAAGAGAUGGGAGAAGAGGAUAGUGAGGUCAUCGAACCUCCAUCUCUACCUCAGCUUCAGACUCCCCUGGCCAGUGAGCUGGACCUCAUGCCCUACACACCCCCACAGCUUUCUGUCUUACAGUCUACCCCAAAGUCUGCCAAAGGCAGUGCAAAGAAGGAAGGUUCUAAACGGAAAAUCAACAUGAGUGGCUACAUUCUGUUCAGCAGUGAAAUGAGAGCUGUGAUUAAAGCCCAACACCCAGACUACUCUUUCGGGGAGCUCAGCAGACUGGUGGGGACAGAGUGGAGAAACCUUGAGACAGCCAAGAAAGCAGAAUAUGAAGAGCGGGCAGCUAAAGUUGCUGAGCAGCAGGAGAGAGAGCGAGCAGCACAGCAACAGCAGCCGAGUGCUUCUCCCCGAGCAGGCACCCCUGUGGGGGCUCUCAUGGGGGUGGUGCCACCACCAACACCAAUGGGGAUGCUCAAUCAGCAGUUGACACCUGUUGCAGGCAUGAUGGGUGGCUAUCCGCCAGGCCUUCCACCUUUGCAGGGCCCAGUUGAUGGCCUUGUUAGCAUGGGCAGCAUGCAGCCACUUCACCCUGGGGGGCCUCCACCUCACCAUCUUCCGCCAGGUGUGCCUGGCCUCCCAGGCAUCCCACCACCCGGUGUGAUGAACCAAGGAGUAGCCCCCAUGGUAGGGACUCCAGCACCAGGUGGAAGUCCAUAUGGACAACAGGUAGGAGUUUUGGGGCCUACAGGGCAGCAGGCACCACCUCCAUAUCCUGGUCCUCAUCCAACUGCCCCCCCUGUCAUACAGCAGCCAACAACACCCAUGUUUGUGGCUCCCCCACCAAAGACCCAAAGACUUCUCCACUCAGAGGCCUACUUGAAAUAUAUUGAAGGACUCAGUGCUGAAUCCAACAGCAUUAGCAAGUGGGACCAAACUCUGGCAGCUCGAAGACGGGAUGUCCAUUUAUCGAAAGAACAGGAGAGCCGCCUGCCUUCUCACUGGCUCAAAAGCAAAGGGGCACACACCACCAUGGCAGAUGCCCUCUGGCGCCUCCGGGAUUUGAUGCUUCGAGACACUCUCAACAUUCGACAAGCAUACAACCUAGAAAAUGUUUAAUCACAUCACUGUGUUUCUUCUAUAGAAGCAAAGAGUUGUGGAACGGUAGCCAUUUUAGUUACUGGGGGUGGGAGGGAGGAACAAAGGAUGAUAAUUUUUAUUGCAUUUUACUGUACAUCACAGGUCAUUUUUAUAUAAGGACACUUUUAAUAAGCUAUUUCAAUUUGGUUUUGUUAUAUUAAGUUGACUAUCAAAUACACAAAGAUUUUUUUUGCAUACGUUUCCUUUGUUUAAAACCAGUUUCAUAAUUGGUUAUAUAUAGUCAUAGUUUUAUCUUUACUUUUUAAGGGAUUUAAAUCAUCAAAGGUUUUGGCUUGGCUUGGGGUUUUGGUUUUCUUUUUUAUAAAUAUAUAUAUAUAUAUUAUAUACACACAUAUAAGAAAAAACAAUGAAAAAAGUUUACAGUUAGUUGAAAUUGACAGUGAAAUGUGAAGUUGGUCCUAGUUUACAUCUUAGGGAGUGUGUGCGUGUGUAUGUCUCACUGCCUAAAAUCUGCAAGUUUUCUUACAGGUGAAGUGCUCUGUGAGAUUGUUCAGACUGUAGAUAUGUGACAGACUCAACAGAUUUACUGUUAUUAACACAGAAGCUCACCAUAGAAAUCUAAAGUCAGUGCUCUGUACCCAUCCACAACUAGUGUAACUGAAGGAAAAGUAAUUGUGCUGAGUUAGACCUGUAUUGUCAGUGACUUUUGCAGAACAUGUGCUCAGAUCUGAGUUGUUUUAGUUUUGGAAGGUAAGUUCAAGAGUACUUUUGAUCUGUUUAUGAUUCAGUUUAUGCCUUCAUGUUGUAUGAUUUGAAACUACAUCUGUUACCUUGAAAACACUGAAGAAAGUACUGAAGUAUGCAUGGAGGUGGUUUAUUUUAAAUAUAAUACCUAGUCUAAGAAAGAGUGUAAAUGGACACCAGCUUUGCCUUGCACAUAUUUGUGCAAAGGUAGAUUGCCUACAUAUGCAGAUGCUGUGGAUUCUUUAUCUCCUUGUUACUGGUUGUGGUGUUUUGUUUGUUUGUUUGAGGGUUGGAAUUCUCAACCAGAAAUGAUACUUUCUAAAAUGUUUUGAAAUUCAGCUUGUCCUUUGGAUUAUAGGAAAAGGAAAUUAUACUUUAAGAAAAUGUUCACCAAAAAAAAAAAAAAAAAAAAAGACUAUUACAGAUCCCAAACACUUGGACUUGGUGAC